UAGCCGCUCUGUACGUCUGGAGUAAGCCGAGCUUUAAGGGAGGCAGAAACAGUUCAAGGGAAAUCCUUGACAUAUAAGGAGGGGAAUUUUAGGAUUUUUCCACAUUUUCGGUAACAACAUGUUGGAUGUGGAAUCAACAGGCAGAAAUCCUUGACCUCUGAUGAAGAAGAAGCUUUGUGUUUACAUCUAAGGACCUAAUGGGACUGUUGUGACCGGACUCAUCUUGAUGCUUUUUUGCUUUUCUUUCCUCCCAAAACUUCAAAUUUCACUCACUUUUCCAAGUUUUUUCCAAACUAUGAACCAUUCCAGGACCUGUGAGCAUGCUGCCACAACUGCUCUACAAUCAUAGCUAAUUUUGUCUGAAUGUUGACACUUUUUUUGGCUCCACUCACUCCAGAAUAGUUCACCUGAUCCUCAGCAGCUGCCUGUAUUUUUAAGACACAAAAGAAAGAGAAGAAGCAGAUGGCGCAGACGGAAGGACUAACGAUGCUGGGGAACGCUAAAACUAAAGAUAAUUUGGGGGCAAAAGCCAUGGCUGGGUGUCCCACUGCCGGGGGCGGAGUGGUGGUGGAGGUCAGGGAGAAGAAAGGACCUUUGAGGGCUGCGAUACCCACAAUGCCUUUUCCUCUGGCUGUCAUCUGUCUUUUCCUAAAUACCUUCAUACCUGGACUUGGUACUUUCAUCUCGGCGUUCACGGUCCUGUGUGGGGCUCGCAGUGAGCUGAUCUCAGAGCGAGGGGUUUGCUGCGUGUUCUGGCUCAACGUGGCUGCAGCUCUCAUCCAGAUAGUGACGGCUGUGAUCAUGGUGGGCUGGAUUAUGAGCAUAUUCUGGGGAAUGGAUAUGGUCAUCCUGGCAAUUUCAGAUGGCUGUAAAGAACAGAGCGCUCCUCAAGACGUCUGAAACUCUCCUCCUGUUCACCGAUGGAUCCCAUGAACUGUUUAAUCUGUUUAACAACACGAAUAUCAGAUAGAAACUUUACCUUUCACAUCGUUUCACAGCUAAAUGAAAGAAAAAAGGCAGAAUUGAAAAGGAUUAACAUGAAUCACAAGGCUGCACUUUAAGGAAAUGUUGUUCAGACUGCUGCUUCCUGAGCUGUAAAUAUUUGUUUUUAUGUUUUGCUUCAAUGCGUGGAUUUGUGGGAAUAAUAUUUAUCCAAGUCGAGUUCAUUUUUUAUAAAAACUUUCGUCUUUUGCAGUUUUUUUUUUCCAGUUUUGAGAUCUUAAACAAGAUUCUUAUCAUCAUUAAACUUUAAAUGUAUUAGAAGCCGUUAUGAUCACUGUAGAUGUUUGCCUUCCUCUAGACUAAAAACAGUGUAGUAUUGAAAUGACAUGAACUUAAUAUGUCAUAGUGUGAAAUUUCCUUUCAUAUUUGUUUUACUGACUCUUUGGUAUUUCUCUUACACUGUACAGGGGCCAUACCAUGGUUUUCUUAAGUCUUUCAGAGUAAACUAUAUCCAUACAUAUGAACAUAUAUUACCUUUGGAACACUAAAAAACAAACCAUUUAUGAAAUAUAAGCUACUUUUGCGAACUCUUUUCAUAUCCGGAAGUAAAACGUCUCGACCUCUGAGGCUCCGCCUUGCGAACCCUGAGGGUGCCACCAAUUUCAUGAUGACAUCCUACAGUCGGCCUCGUCAGCACGUCACCCACAAAAAAAAAAAAAAAAAACUGUACCCUGGGUGUUACCCCCAAAAUUUGG